AUGACUUUGAGACAGGCUAUUUAGACUAAAUUGAUUAAAUCAGCAACAAAGGCAUAGAUCCAACAACACUAGUAAGAUUCAUCUUCACUUAAAAAGCCUAUGUUUAAAAAUCUCUAAUUUCAGAGUCUUAACACCAGCUAAUCCCGAGGUUAAAUUAAAAAAGAUUCUACCAUCAUUAGUAAAUCCCCAGAGUUAAAGUCUGAAGAUCCACUCUAAUCAUGCCUUGUAAGGGUAAAGGAGUUAUUGAACUAAUCAAGGGGGUCUAAAGCGAAUCUUAGUAUGAACAAUAAAGUUCCACUGCCUGUUGAGUUUAAGUCAUAAGAGAAUUCAUCUCCCUAUCAGCUGUUCAGGAAUAAAAAAUCCCUUAUCUCUAAUGCUUCAAACUAUUCUAAUGGAAAGGAUAAAGCAUCCACUCGCUAAUUCAUAAACAAUAGCAAUGCUAACAUCUAUAGCUGCACUAACAACCCAUAAAUUGCGAUAAACUCGCAAAGAUAAAAAGCAAAUUAGGUAAAUCAUAAUUACAUAAGAUUUACAUACAAAAGACCUGUAUCAACUUAAAGAAAUUAAUCUAAAAGUGGAGGGUCAGAAUUUGGAGAUUAAUAUAGCAACGGCGGAGAUUCAAACCGUUAGAGCAUAGAGUCAUAUAGAAAGAGCAAUUAACUUUUAAAGAUGAUGAGGAGUUACACUCCAGGGAUAACAAAGUCAACUUCUAAUGAUAAUCUCCCCAAGAGAAAAUCACAAAAUAUUCAGAGAAAGAUUCCUUCUUUCGCAUCAAACAGAUCAAUGGAAAAUCUUCUAAAUAAUAAUAUCAAAAACAAUAUAUAGACCUAGCAGUUUCAGACUUUGAUUAAUUAGGUUAAAAUCGAGCUAAAAUUGAAUAAUAACCAAGCAGUCAAGAAUUUAAAGUAAGUUAAUUAAUUACAGUUGCAAGAACGCACAUCCUCAAUUACAGAGGAUAUUCCUGUAGAUAAUACGACUUUUGCAAAGUAAAAAAGUUUAAAUCAAGCUGUACCUAUUUACUUUGCGUCAUAGAAAAAUACAGUAAACUAGCAUUUCAAAAGGAAAAUUCUUGAUGAUCAUAUUUUGCAAAAGCUUAAUGCUGAUGAUUCAGUCAAGUCUCUUGAAUCUGCAGAACUGGCGCAGACAUGUGAAGAUGAAAAGUAAUUCGAAUAAAAAAAACCAAUCUAGAGUUUAAAGGUUUUUAAACUAAUGAACGAUAAUAAUAAGAGCAGUAAUAUGAAUUUGCAAACUUAAUCAAUAGCAAAUUCAAGCUAGACUACUCCUAGUCAGUCUCAUAACUCUGGAGUGCAUCAUGUCCAAAUAGAUCUUUUAUAAGGCACCUUUAAGAAGACUAGCAUGACUAAAGUUUAGAAUAAUAAGAUAGACAUUGUAUCCAAUUUUUCUCCUAUUUUAAAGUAAGAGAAGAAUAACACAGCUGAUGUCAGCACACUUUAUGCUCCAACGAAGCAUAAUCAGAAGCUAUAGCUGCAGUCCUAGAAAUCGCAGAACUAAUCUGAUUCAGUAUAGAUAAAAUAACAGCAAUAAUAAUAGCAGGAUGGACACUCCUUUUUAAUUGCGCCUUCGCUUAACUCAGAAUUCUCUUAUCAUACGAAAUUCUACAAGCCAAACCUUAACAUAAACUUUUAAUCUAAGUAAUGUGAGUAAAUCUAAUAGUAGAAUGAGUAUGCCAACUUUUCACCAAAAUGCUACAAUCAAGAUAUAUCAACAAUAGAAAAUUCUUAAGUUGUUAAUGGCAACACUAGCAAGAAUCAUGUGCCUACAAGACUCAGCGGCUACGUCUCGUUUGGAUAACUUCUUAAGAAUUAAUCUCUAGCUGAUAAAGAUCUGUCAUUUAAGAAUAGCAGUUUUAUCAAUAUGAAUGAUCCCUAUGGAUUCGGUUCAAUAAUGAACAAGAUUGAUACGAUAAACAAGGACUCACAGGGCGAUUUAAGUUCUGAAGUGAUUCAUUUUAGAGCAGAUGAGUCAACUUACAACGAUGAUUUGCGAAAUUCAUAGAUGAGAGUAUUCUAACAAUCGUCUUUCUUUAACAGAGAAAAACUUGAAAGUCUGGAGGUGAUACUUAGUGCUAAUGGUGAUGACGAUAGAAACAUUGAAACAUAAAAAAUCUGCUUGAAUUAGUAACUAAGUUCAAGGUAGCAUAUAAAUCAGAAGAUACUUCAAAAUAGUACAAUAGUUGUGAAGAAAAGCCAAUAGAUCAGACCAGCAAGUUCUGUAUAAGAAUACAACUCUAAGAUUAUUAAAAAUACCAAAGUGGGUAAAGUAAAAAGCCUCCGUAAGUUAUAGUCAUUAGAGGUCUCUUAGAAUCAAUCUUAGCUGGGCUAAUACCACAAUAAUGCUCGCACAGAUAUGGUAAAGAUGAACAAUAAUAGUAGCAUUAGUGUUUUCAAAUCUUAAUCUUAGCUGUGGCUGAAUAAUGGGAGACCUGAAAAUGGCUUUAACUGA